CGGGAGCCACGUCGGCAUCCACGUGUCAGGCACAGAGUUACCCAACUGUGCCAAAUGGCAGCCUGCAUGACACCCAAGUGGACUUCGUCUCUACACUUGACUCAUUCCCUCUCUCUUUUCCUGUCCAUCAUACAAAAACCCGAAACCACAGAGAUCAUCGUCAGAUCGAGAAAAGCUUCGAUUUUAUCCGUUUUCAUCAAUACCAUGUCGCAGCAUCCAGAAGUCCCCGGCGAUCCGACGGCCACGACGACGUCCUUGCUCGAGAAGGCGACCGCCUCCAUCCAGCGAUUCGGCCCCAUCAGCCACAUCCACCAGCACCUCUGCGCGUUCCAUUUCUACAGCCACGACAUGACGAGGCAGGUGGAGGCCCACCACUUCUGCGGCCACCUCAACGAGGAAGUGCGGCAGUGCUUGAUCUACAACAGCCCCGAACCGGACGCCCGGCUGAUCGGAAUCGAGUACAUCGUGACCGAGACGCUGUUCGACAUGCUGCCGGACGAGGAGAAGCCGAUGUGGCACUCCCACGACUAUGAGGUGAAAGGAGGGUACCUGUUCAUGCCGGGGAUUCCUGGCCCCGUGGAGCGCCAGGACAUGGAGAAGGUGGCCAAGACAUACGGCAAGACCAUCCACUUCUGGCAGGUUGAUCGUGGCGAUAACCUCCCGCUCGGGAUCCCCCAGAUCAUGUUCGCGCUCACCCGCGAAGGCCAGCUGUACGAUGAACUCGCCCAGGAUGUGGAGAGGAGGUACAAGGUAUCCUUUGCGGCGGAGAAGGAGAAGAGGAAGGACAUCGAAGGGCCGGAGAUGGGGAGGCAUCCGCUGGCGAACGGGGCAGGGAAGGGGCUUCAGACUGUGCUGAAGGAAGUUGAUGUCAAGCCUCCUUCUGGGACUACACCCAGAGUCUUCGUUUAACUUUUAGUCCGUAGUACAACUCGUGAAAGCUCAUACCGUGUUGAUUAGUCUUGGCUCUUGCUAGGAGAGUUGUCACGUCUUUUCGAACUUUGCUGGAGUUUAAUAGACACUGAAGAAUGUAGGAGAUGAGGGCAAUAAGCAUGUAUAAUGUAC